AAAAAGAGAUCGAAUCCUUCGUCCCACUCCCUCAGCCCCAUUCCGCUUUCCUCUUGACAGACAACCUUCCAAGGCUUCAACCUUCUGUCUCCCUCGCUCGUUCGUUCGUUCUGCGUCGUCUCUAUCUGUAUUUCUUAAGUGCUGGUUCGUUUUCGAUUCCAUUCGUAGUUAUCUGGCGUUCCUCUCCGUCCAUUUCGAUCAUCAAUUGGGAAAAAGAGAUUAACAAAAAGUAUUAGUUUAGGGUUUCAAGAUGUGUUUCGAUCAGCAGCGAUCGUUGUCAAUCUCAGAACUAAUCGCAUCUAGAGCUCGAUCGGCCGAUGAGAACGCAAUGGUGGAAGCUCUUAGAGGUCGGUUAGCGGAGACCGAAGCUCGUCUUGAACGAGCUAGAGCUCGAGAAGCAGAACUAACCCGCCGCUUAGAGGAGAUGAAGCGAUUCAUCUCGGUCAUGGAGAUCCUCGAAACCUAUCUUAAAAGGAGAUUUCAUGAACGUCAAGCUCUACUAGGUUGCCGGAUUCCCUUGGUACCUACCAAGAAUUAACAAUCUUUUUACUCCCUCUCUUUCCCUUCCUUUUUUUUUUUUCCUUUUCAGUUUUCUGUGCAAGUCGAUGAAUAAUCCUAUCCUUUUCUUCCCCUUUCUCCUUCCAAUCCCUUCACUAUAUAUUAAACUUUUCAGCUUCAGUUCUUGAUUAUUUGUGGCUUUAGAAAUGUGAAAUGAUAUGCUAAAUGUUAUAUCUUGCAGUGUGAAAUUAUAUUUCUUCAAUCGUUUA